AUGUGGCGCUAUGCCGUGAGUUCUGGACUGUUGCGGCACUCCAUGCUGAUGCGGUCGAUGUCGACGCAGGCAUUCGUUUCGGCCGUAGAAAAGGUGCAACAGCAGUUAGCUGCGUCAGAGCGAAAGCAGGAGCUUGUUUUGCAUGGCCGUCACCUGUUUGAAUCCGAGAGUCUAGACGAUAUAAAAACUGCCUGGAGUCCAGGCGUGGCCGGGACGAUUUGCCAUGCUGCGACGCAGCUGCGCAUAUCACCCACUAAGGGGCAGACAUUCACCGCCGUGGUAGAGCGCAGCCUCUCUCGCGAGGCGGUGGAGGCAAUGGAUGCGCCAUCCCUGGCACGAAUUGUGCAUGCCUGUCUGGUGCUGCGAUCGCCACAUCUCUAUGAGGUUUUAUUUGCGUACAUCCGUCCUCUUAUCAAGCUGGCGCCGACCUUAGACACCGUGUCAUGUGCUGUACUUCUCAAUGCAUAUGGCCGAGCGCAAGUGCAGCAUGAGGAACUGUAUAAGGCUCUCUGCGAUCGGGCUACAAUUGCCAUGAAGGACCCGCGCACAUUUGUGGCACAUACAGCAAAUGUUGCCCAUGCAUUGGCACGUGUUCAUUUUUUUCACAGAGAUCUUUUUCUUGUUUUGCGUGAUCAGGCUGUUCGUCACGCGUCGCAAGGUCCCUUACUUGUGCCUGUGACCAUUCUUGACGCAUUCGCCGAGGUUGGAUUUGUCGAUGACUCCCUGUUCAAUGUGCUGGAGGAACGAUUGAUGAAGGAGCUGGCCGAUUUGCCAGCACCUCUCAUGGCAUCUCUGGUUGGAUGCUUGGUGAAGGCAGGGAGAGCAACGUCACCUCUCUUUACCGCGUGUGGGGAACGCAUAAUAGCUAUGGGCGGGACAUUUGAUCCCACAUCUAUUGCAAAGACAUGUGAUGCCUAUUACCGUGCGAAUGUUUUGGCAGAGGAGGUUUUUGGCGCACUUGCAGAGCGGGCUUGCAAGGUUGCAGCUGACUUUCGGGCGGACGAGAUUCAUCUCACGUUAAAUGCUCUUGGGUCGUUUGACCUUUUUGACGGUGAACUGUUCCCGUUGCUUGCCUCACGCUUUGUAUCCAUUGUUAAGCAGGGGGGAUAUGUUAGUCCUGUUGACGCCGCUGGCGUUCUAGCCAGCUUUGCCGCUGUACAGGAACGAAGCGAUGAACUUGUUUACAUUUGCACUCAGCUGUUGGCGGCUCACCGUGACGCUCUUGACGGGACAACUUUGAUGCAGGCUCUCUGGGCCUGUAGUAUACUUAGCGUACGAAAUGAGGCCCAACAGUCUCUUGUAGCUUACGCGAAAAGCGAUGCAGCGAGGUUUCCCAGCGAGGAAGCCGCAGCAAAGCAGUCUAAACUGGCGCUUGAGCGUCUGCAAUACGUCAAGAAGACCUACGGUAUGACUGGGUCACAGGCCGGAUCGUCGUUGUGA